CCAUUGUUAUGGGUCAUCUGGUCCCUGUAGUUAGAGCCUGGUUUGCACUGCCAGCAGUAAAUCCGAUUCAUUGAGGGUGGGCGUUGGACUCCAGCAGGCCUGUCCUGUCGCUGUACUUUAUUACGUAUUUGUUUACAGAAAGUUAAAGCAAAACAAAAACAAAAACAGGAAACUUAAUGAAGCAGGACACCUGUCCAUUUUUACACCCUGUGAAAUAGUUAUAUGUCAGUUUCAGCAUUAUAAGAGCCAAGUAAGGUUGAAUGAUGAAAAGAUUUGCAACGUUCUAUAAACAUCAGUUGCAACUUUACCAGAUGAUGUUCUACUAAUCAAUUAUGUGCCAGUUAUUAAACAUUAUUAAAUAUAAUUUACUGCAAUUUAUUUAUUUUUUUUACCAGUUAUUAACAAUGGUUAUUACAGUUUGUCACCAUUGUUAAAGACGUGCUGAAGCCGAACACUCAGACCAUCAAACAGCAUCAGGAGAGGCUGUGAUCAGACAGGAAGCUUUUGUUUCUCAGUCAAAGUGAAGAACAGAGAGAGGAGCUCAAAAGGUCCAAGGAGCGCAGCGUCAUGCAUGUUGCUAUGGACGCGUCCAAUGGCAUGGCAGGCUAAUUUACAAAAGGAAGGUAACGCUGUGACGUGAGUGCUGAGGCACUGUUUUCCCUAUAAAGCACCAGCUGAUAAAAAUGGUAAUCUCAGACGGGUUUAAAUUGCAGGAUAAAGACUCUGUAAUAACAGAUCUUAAUGUUGUUUCUAAAAUGAAGGUUUUAUUACUUAUGAAGUCACUCUGUUUAUUUGAAGCCAAAUACAAGUAUUUUUUUUAUUUGUUUCUUUAGUUUCUUUGCAACACUGAGACUGCUCAGACUGACACCUCCUCACAUGUAAUCACAUCAUCAGGACCCACUGUGCUUCAUUGGUCACUGAGCAGAUAUGAAGUUUUCCAGGAGUGAAUUAUAACCCAAACCACCAUCUUCAUAAAAUAAAACCAAGUGGUUUUAGUGUCUAUUUUCAUUCAUGAGUCACUUUAUUAGAUACACCUGUUCAGCUGAAUGUUAAUGCAAAUAUAUAAUCAGUCAAUCACAUGGCAGCAACUCAUCAUAUAAAAAAUGGUGACGAUGAGCUGCUGACGUUCAAAUUGAGCAUCAGAAUGGGGAAGAAAUGUGAUUUAAAGGUUUUUGGAUAUUGUUGGUCAGCUGGUCUGAGUAUUUCAGAAACAGCUGAGAUCUCUAAGGUUACAGAAAAUGGUCAGAAAGAAAAAUAGAAAGCCUUGUUGAUGUUAGAGAUCAGCUGAGAAUGGCCACACAGCAUGCAGAAGAGCUUCUCUGAAAGCAAAGUAGCACACCAUUUCGUUUAGCUAAAAACAGGAAACUAGGACUACAAUUCCCAUAAUGCGUAUCAAACUGGACAACUAAAGCCUGGAAGAACUUCACAGUUUGUGCUGUGACAUUUGGAUAGUAGGGUCAAAAUUUGGUGGAAACAACAACAAGAAAGGGCGGAGCCAUCCUGCCUCUAUCAAAAAAGCUGCUGCUGACCAUGUCCACCAGUCAACCUUUCUACCUAUCUUUUGGCGGUUGUUUCCAGCAGGAUAAGGUAGUUUUUUCUACUCUCAACGGUCUUUCUUGCUACAAGUACCUCAUUCACUCAGUCACACAUUUAUACAAGUGCUUUUUAUGCCUAAACGCUGAUGAACGCAUCAUUCACCAUCAAAAACUAUCAGUUACUAUUUAUUCCAUAGGAGUCUUUUUGUUUCUCUGGCUUAGUACUGAGUGGCUCGGGUGUGUAGACCUCACAGGGUCAAACAUUUACUGUAAAACACAAGACAUGACCACGCAAUUAAAAUGUUUUUCUGUGGCAUUCAGAGGAGCAGCAUUAUGGCAUUAUCCACAGCACAGCCCAUGAAGCUUUUAUCCCUUUGUGUUGGUUUCCAUGGUUACUCUGUUAAAGACUCAACUGACAGUCAGCUGUCUUUUGUGUUAGUCGCUGGCCUCUCUGGCCUCCACUCACACUCUGAUUUCUUUUCUCCUCUGCGUCCACAGUGGAGCAGUCACAUUUUUUCCUCAUCGGGCUGUUUUUCUCUAUCUCAGAUGGAGAUGUCGACAGCCGGUCCAGGGAUGUUGAGUCACCAGCAGCGCUCCAUGAAGAGAAGGCGGUGGGGAGGUCUGAGGCAGCAGUGGAAACUUCUGGGCCUGUUUGAGAUUGACCAACAGCAUGAGUUCUACAGCCUGACCUGCAUGAUGAAGGAGGGCUUGGCUGCAGCCAUCCAGAACACCAUCGAUGACCCACCUGCAGAAUGAUAAACGCUUCUUCUUAAAGACUCAGAACAAAAGGGAAAUUAAGUUCCUUCUGGGAAACCUGAAGAUCUACAUGGAGCACCUGAGGAAAUACCCACAUUCACUGCUGGUCAAGUUUUUAGGUGUUCACAGGAUCCAAAUCCCACAAAGACGAAAGAAGUUCUUCAUUGUCAUGCAAAGUGUGUUUUAUCCAGAUGAUCGCAUCAAUGCCAGGUAUGACAUUAAGGGCUGUGAGGUGAGUCGCUGGACAGAGCCUGCACCAGAGGGAAGCCACAUCAUCGUGGUUCUCAAAGACCUCAACUUCGAGGGCCAGUUCAUCACUCUGGACCAGCAGCGUUCCUGGCUCCUGCGACAGGUGGAAAUUGACACACACUUCCUUCGCCAGCUCAACGUGUUGGACUACAGCCUUCUCCUGGCUCAUCAGCCCCUACACCAUGACGAGCGCCACCAGGGCCUCUCCUUUGCUACGCUCAUCGUAAGAGCAAAAAAGUACGUUUUAGAGGGACGUUACUACAGCCUUCUCCUGGCUCAUCAGCCCCUACACCAUGACGAGCGCCACCAGGGCCUCUCCUUUGCUACGCUCAUCGUAAGAGCAAAAAAGUCUGUGAAUCCAGGCUCCAGUCCAAUCCAUAUGAAUGCAGCCACAGUUCCCGGAGUAGUCGUGGACGAGAACCCUGCCCUAUCCUUAUCUGAAACAGACAGCGGCUUAAAGACACCACACUCUCAAGCUGCAUCAAGGAGCAGCUCUCCUCGAACAUGUGCAAAGGAUGCUGGGCCAGCAAGCGCCGAGGCUGAGCUGCAAGACUUCCAAGCCCAAAACCGACGUUUGCUGCCAAACUUAAAGAAUCCUCUUCACAUCAUUGAUGGCCCCGAGCAGCGCUACUUUGUCGGCAUCAUUGACAUUUUCACAGUUUACAGUUUUAAGAAGAGGCUGGAGCAUUUGUGGAAGAGGUUGAGGCACCCCGGUCGGUCCUUCUCAACCGUCAGUCCACAGACUUACUGCCUCAGGCUGUGUCAGUGGGUGCAAGACCACACCAAGUAGAGCCUGAACAAGAGGUGGAAACUCAUUUCCACUUCUCACCUGCAAGUCCAAAUAACCAAAGUUCAAACGCAUGGCGUAAAGCACGUUUCCUCUCAAACCUUCUCAUCAUAAGAACUUCAGACAUUAAAUGUGGGCCUCACCUCUGAGCCUUUA